ACACGCUGGGCGACGUUUAUAUGCGCAGGAUUAGUGCUAAAAUAUAGCAGUUGUAUGAUUGCAUACGGGUAGCGUGGUGUCUACAAACGUCAUAUAUGUUUACAUACUAAAAUGCUUCAAUUUUCAACCGCGCUAUGCAGUAAAUUGCUAUAGCACAGCCGAGCUAUCUAAGCAUUCAGAUGCAUGGAAAUGCAAUGAAGCGGGUGAACAUGAGUAAAGAGUCACAAAUGAGAGCUGCUAUUAAUCAGAAAUUAAUAGAAAUGGGCGAACGGGAGAGGCUGAAGGAGUUACUUCGAGCCAAACUUAUAGAAUGUGGAUGGAAGGACCAGCUGAAAGCACACUGCAAAGAUGUCAUCAGAGAAAAGGGAUUUGAACAUGUCACAGUGGAGGACCUGGUUGCAGAAAUUACACCAAAGGGAAGAGCUCUCGUGCCAGACAGUGUGAAGAAAGAACUUCUGCAGAGAAUAAGGGCAUUUCUAGCCCAGCAUUCUGCGUUAUGAAGGGAACUUUUCAUUUUCAUGCCACAUUGCUGCAUCUUAACCAAGACAUGAGAUUAUCAUCAUGGCUCAGACCAUUUUUGGUACCUUUUUUUUUUUUUAAAGUUAUUUUUUCAUAAUCAGGCAUCGGCUCUGGGAUGUUCUAAUGCAGGUUUAUCAAUAAAUGUUUUUGCUUUCUCA